AUAUUUUGUAUCUUUAACUUUAAGGAAGCUUAUAUGCUUUCAUAUUACACUCAUAGUUUGAUUUCAUACGUACGUCUGCUAAUUAUAGAAAUUAACCGUCUAUAUUCCUUCAAAUGUCGCAUUUUCCUUCAGAUAUUUUGUUUUUCUCCUCACAAAUUUUCCUCGAAGGUGCACGAGCUCAACUUUGACCUCUAAACCAGUCUCCAUUCUUUUACCACACUACUGGAGCAUCGGCACAGACGCACCAGCGGUGUCGGCCAUACGUGUACUUCUGAAGCUUGGUACCAUUCUUUUGCAUGGACCACAGCCCGACCAUAGCAACGCCGUGUAAAUAAAGUCUACGUACAAAUUUCGUAGAUGAUAAACACAGGGAGGCACUGUUUUGUUGACUUCGAAUAUUACACCCAUGCAGAAUACUUUUAUUUUUUGCCAGAAAUUAGACGAAUUAUUAUAAAAUAGAUAUGCCUCACAGCGUAAUAAGCGACUCGUCAACGAGCUCUGCCUCGCGGCGAGCUAAGACCAGACAGUACUACACCGUGAGUAAGACCUCUCAAAUCGAUGAAUCCUUGUUUGGACCGGCCAACAAAAAUGGUAGCAACAAGAACACACAAGCUAUGGAGACCAGAGAAGAGGUACACAACAGGAGAGGGUCAGGAGGAAAGACCAAGAAAAAGCAGAAAGAAGAAGUACAAGUCAUCACGAAAGACCUCAUCCGUAAACUCAUAGUACCUGGAGAAGACCCAUCAGGGCAGUCUGUAGUCUUACCAUUUGAUGAAUACCGUCGGAUAAUGAAUGCUGCUAAAACCAUGUCACAUGAAGAAAAGGUCGCUGAACUCAAGAGAAGACAAGAAGAGAAACAGAAACAGCAGGAUGCCAGUAAUGAAAUCAAGCUUCACAUGCAAGCCUUGGACAGAAAGAGACAGAAGAAUGAGAAGCUUAGUGAUUUAGAAUUAGAAGCGAAAGAACAAGGUGAAUACCUGUUAGCUAAAGCCCGUGAGCAGCAAGAAGAACAAGAAGAUGAAAUCAAGCACUUAAAUGAGCUAAUGCUGAAUGCUAAAUGCCAUGCUAUCAGAGAUGCUCAGAUCCUAGAGAAAGGUGUUAUCAAGGAGGAGACAACAUAUGAAGAGAAGAGACUGGAUGCCAUGAUGGAGGUUGAUCGACAGAAGGCACUACAACUACAAGAAGAGAUUGAAGAACAGAGGAAGAUAGAGAGAUACGAAGGGAAAACCAUGAUCUUAACUCAAAUUUCACAGAGGGAGGAAGAACGAUUAUUACAACAGGAGAAGAAAGAUCAAGAAGCGCAACAGAUGCUUAAGUACCUUGAAAAAUUACAAAUGGAAGAUCUGAAGGACCUUGAUAAGAAGCGCCAGAUCCAAGUGGAAGCCCAGAAAGAGAUCCACAGGUCAAACGAGGAGGCGGAGGAGUUGAAGAGGAAGAAGCAGGAACAGGAGAAGCUAGCAGACCUCAAGGUCAAUGAAUACAUGAAGCAGAAAGCCGAGAGAGAAGCAGCAUAUGAAGCAGAGCAGGAAAGGAUAAGGAUCGAAAAAGAGAAAGAGAUUGCCAGGCUUCGUGCUUUGCAGGAGCGUGCAAAGGAUUACCAGGCAGAGAAGGACGCCCAGAGGGCCAAGCGGAAUCAAGAGGAGAGGGAGAGAGACUGGAGGAGAAAGGAGAAGGAAGAGGCUAUCAUCAAGACAGAGACGGAGCGCAUGCUUAAAGAGGCGAGGGAGGUCCAAGUCCAGAACAAGGAUCACUUCCUCGCUGUCCAGGCCCAGCGAGAGAGGGCUGAGUUUGAGAGGGUCCUGAGGGCACAGCAGGAGGCUAUGGAGAAGGAUAGGAUGGAAGAAGAAGAAACGAAACACAAUCGUCUCACUCAUGCUGACGAUGUCCGCAAGCAGAUCCGUGAGAAGGAACAGCUCCGCGUGUCGGAUAGGAACGCUUUCUUCGAGGAAGGGGUAAAGAUUAACGAUGAAGCCAGGGACAGGAGAGCCAAGCUCGAUGCCAUUAAGAAGAAGAAACUUGGUGCAUUAAGAGAUGCUGGUGUUCCUGACAAGUACUGCGCCGAAGUGGAAAGAAAGACCAUGGCAGUCAAACACUGAAAACACCCUUAAAAUCACAAUGAACUGGUCCAAACUCUGUUUCAUCCCAUACUGGAGGAACCUUCCACUGUCAGAAAUUAGAGUCCAUAUUUGAUCAAGCUUAUUCCAUCCCCAAAAUAUGUUGUAGAUUGUGUUUGAUCAAUCUCCAAAUCAAAUUUCUAAAUCAAUUUUUGUUCUUAUUUAGUUUAUAUCCUUAAUAUUAUUUUAUCAGGCAGCCUAGUAGCUCGCCAGAAUCAGCUUAAGCUGAAUUGUGUUCAACUUUACUUGACUAUGAAACGGUUUGACUCUGGUUAGCAAUCUCUCUUCCUAAAAUUCCAUGAAUUACUAGAAUUGACAGUACAGGUUCAGAGAUGUUAUCCAGAGCAGUUAUCCUCUUGCUUUAAAUGAUUAUGGCUACUGCUCUUAUUUCUCUAUCAUCAGCUUUGCCUAACAUCCUUCAUCAUUUGUUGUUGGAUUAUUCAUUUCCAAGAGCAUCCUAAAGCUUUAUAGUAAUUAGAACAGCCAUAAUUGCUAUAUGUAUAUUGUACUUCUAUAAGCACACAUUUCAAUAUAUUUUUUCUUGAUUCCAUAUAACUGCAAGGAUAUAUCUGGUUCAAAGUAUGCCAGUUAAUUUUUAUAUGUUAUUGAUUCAUUCAGAUCAAUUUACUGCACAGCAUUUGGUUUGUAGUACUACUAAAGAUAUAUUUAAUUUUAUUCACAUUCUUAUUAUGGACGCUGAAUUCAACCAAUAAAUUGUACAGUGGUGUGCACAUUUUGGAGUUUCUUUCAGUAUCUUGUACUUUAUUAGAGUAUAACAUCCAAGUUGUGUCAGUUCAAUGUUCUAAAAUGGAUGAAGUAGCUUUUACUUGGAUGGAUAUUUGCCUUUGUGACCCUGUCCCCCCACCCCCUCCCCCCUGCGUGCUUACAGAAAAGGAAGGUAACACAAGCCUUAGCUCAAUCGUUUAGUAAGGUACAUGUAGAAAGUGUUUGACAUAAAGCUAAAGAUAUCUAAAAGUGAAGUAAAUUGCUGGUUUUUGUGGGAUCUAAGGCCAGUUGUAUAGAGAGGUACAUGUAUUGUAAAUGCAAGUGGAUUAUGAAUGCAAACCAAUUAAUUUUAUUUAUCAAUUUUUGUUUUGGUUGCAUCAUAUUGCAUUUCUUCGUGCAGAUGGCCUUAUCUAGUUUGAGACUUGAUGAUUUCGUAAUAACACACAUUUUCCAUUGACUCCAGCCCACACACAUGUGCGGUUUCAGUCAGUUCCAUUGAUACAUGAAUAAGGCACUUCCAUAAGGAGCUUAAUUCGUAUUUUGAAUGAAAGUUAAUGAAAAUGGAGUUCUUUUUUAUCACUGCUCCAUUUCAUUAAAGCAAUUUAUAGGCCUAUGAUGUUAAUUUUGCCAUUACUGUAAUUACCAUGGUAAUGGUUUUCAACAGCCAAUCAAAAUCUAGUUUUCCACGAACGUUACCAUAAUUUUGGUAUUAAAAGUUGACAUACAUGUAAUUGUAAUGAAAAAAAUGUAACUCUUGUAAAGCACUUGUGUGUGUGUAAAUUAGUUGCAUGUUAUUGAAGGAAAUUUUGAUGAAGUUUAGUAGCUGUUUGUUAAAAGGGGUACUCCAGGCUGAAAAUAAUGAUUUGAACAGAUAAAGAAAAAUUAGACAAACAAAACACUGACAAUUUUAAGCAUUUUGUUCUGUGAAUUUUACUCUAUUUAUUUAGAUAUAUUUUCAGCCCUGAGUACACCUUUAAGGCUACCACUCAUAAACUAUUUGACAGGCUUGCCUGUAUGCUGUAAGUAUUGUAUAAAAAUAAGAUAUUGUUACAUGCUCAUUAUCUUUGAAGGUAUGAUGAUAUGAAUUAUCCUUGUAUUAUAUUUAUAUAUAUGUAUAAUCAAUUAUGUAGAUAUUUUAAAUGUUUAAAUGUUACAUGUAUAUUGAUUUAUCCUUUGUUUCACAUGAUUUUAUUUUGAAAUGUCUUUGUUGUAAGAAAAUAAAGUCAUGGAAAACAAAUA